AAAUAAAGUUAUAACUUGUUGUCAACUUGUUUCAUUUUUACAAUUCACAUAGUUGUAUACCAUUAUAAACAUUAAAAAAAAUCACGAGUGAUUAAUUUUGUUGCAAAGUUAUUCAAUUUAAUUGAAUUUGUUGGAAAUUCUCAGUUAACUUCAUUUGUAAUGGGUAACAAAUCAUCACUUCUUCUAAGAGAAGAAGAAAUUGCACAGAUUCAAGAGGAAACUGGAUUCACACCAAAACAAAUCGAGCGCUUGUACUCGCGUUUCACGUCAUUGGAUCGCAGUGAUUGUGGAACUUUGUCACGUGAAGAUUUUCUGAGAAUUCCCGAGCUUGCCAUUAACCCAUUAUGCGAUAGAAUCGUACAUUCAUUCAUUGCCGAUUCAAAUGAUGAUCGUGUCAACUUUAGACAGUUUAUGCAAGUGCUGGCACGUUUCAGAACUAUAAAGAAAGGCAAGGAAAACAAGUUGAACAGUCGAGAAGAAAAACUAAGAUUUGCAUUUAAAAUGUACGAUCUUGACGAUGAUGAAACAAUUUCACGCGAUGAACUUUUAAAUAUUCUUCACAUGAUGGUCGGAGCUAACAUUAGUCAAGAUCAACUUAACAGCAUUGCUGAACGAACAAUUGUCGAGGCUGAUCAAAGUGGAUCUGGAAAAAUCACUUUUGAAGAUUUCUGCAAGGCUUUGGAAAGAACUGAUGUUGAACAAAAGAUGUCGAUUAGAUUCCUUAACUAAAUUAAUUGUAAAGGUUGCUUAUUAACAAUUCUAUGAAAACAAAAAAUGCUUUGCUAAUAUUAUUCGUUACUUAAUUAAUUUAAAUGAAUUUUAAUCAUUCCCAAUUUUGAUUUUCUUUUUCUUCUGUCAAAUAUCGAAUUUAAAAGUUUGUCAAAAAGUAAAUAAAAAUAUUUAUCUAAAUAAAAGUUGUUCAAUGUCUGAAGUUUAUCAUUGGCAGG